AUGGCGCUAGACGACGUCGCGCGCCCGCUGGGAGCGGAGCGGGCGGGCGAUCAGACGGUGUGGCGCGACGCCGAUGCCGUGCUCGCCGCCGCUUGCGCCGAGCUGCGGUCAGGAGAGCUGCUGCACGGCGAGUCGUUCAGUCUCUUCGAAGCCAUGGCCGCCCUGCAGAUGAUGGACCCAAAGAUGGAUGCAGGCAUGGGAGGGGGCAAAGGGGGAGAAGGGAUGGAAAGCGGGGGGGAAGCGGGGGACAAGGGCGGAGCGAGGGGCGAGGUGGAGAGUGUGGGGGAGGCGGUGGAGAGAGGGCUGCUGCCGCUCCCUCUGCCCGCCCACCGCAUUUUGGACCUCUGUGACGCUCUGCUGUGCGCUGAGGCCACGUGGCACAGCGGUCACAGCCUGCCGCAAACCGUAUUCACCUGCGCCUACCUGCUGCUGCCCCCGCUCGCCCCCCCUUCCGCCUUCACGCCUUCCCCCUCCCUCUCCUCCUCGCCUCUGCUGCUGGCGCUGCUGUCAGCCACCCUCGCCUGUGUCAACACCGUCCGCUCUGCCUCCUGCUGGACGCACCAGCGUGAGUGUGCGCGUUGCAGCCUGCUGGACACAGCAACGCGAGUAAACCUUAAACCCUUGUUCUUACGAUGGUGUCCUUUCUUCUCCUCUCCUCUCUGUCCGCAUCUGACUUCCUCUUUUGUGAUCUUCUCAUGGCCUCUCCUCUCUUCUCAUGGCCUCUCCUCUCUUCUCAUGGCCUCUCCUCUCUUCUCAUGGCCUCUCCUCUCUUCUCAUGGCCUCUCCUCUCUUCUCAUGGUCUCUCCUCUCUUCUCAUGGCCUCUCCUCUCUUCUCAUGGCCUCUCCUCUCUUCUCAUGGCCUCUCCUCUCUUCUCAUUGCCUCUCCUCUCUUCUCAUGGCCUCUCCUCUCUUCUCAUGGCCUCUCCUCUCUUCUCAUGGCUUCUCCUCUCUUCUCAUGGCCUCUCCUCUCUUCUCAUGGCCUCUCCUCUCUUCUCAUGGCCUCUCCUCUCUUCUCAUGGCCUCUCCUCUCUUCUCAUGGCCUCUCCUCUCUUCUCAUGGCCUCUCCUCUCUUCUCAUGGCCUCUCCUCUCUUCUCAUGGCCUCUCCUCUCUUCUCAUGGCCUCUCCUCUCUUCUCAUGGCCUCUCCUCUCUUCUCAUGGCCUCUCCUCUCUUCUCAUGGCCUCUCCUCUCUUCUCAUGGCCUCUCCUCUCUUCUCAUGGCCUCUCCUCUCUUCUCAUGGCCUCUCCUCUCUUCUCAUGGCCUCUCCUCUCUUCUCAUGGCCUCUCCUCUCUUCUCAUGGCCUCUCCUCUCUUCUCAUGGCCUCUCCUCUCUUCUCAUGGCCUCUCCUCUCUUCUCAUGGCCUCUCCUCUCUUCUCAUGGCCUCUCCUCUCUUCUCAUGGCCUCUCCUCUCUUCUCAUGGCCUCUCCUCUCUUCUCAUGGCCUCUCCUCUCUUCUCAUGGCCUCUCCUCUCUUCUCAUGGCCUCUCCUCUCUUCUCAUGGCCUCUCCUCUCUUCUCAUGGCCUCUCCUCUCUUCUGCCGUAUUUCGCGUCACCGGGGCAUCAUGAUGCCAUGUAUCUUCGCAAGUUACUCAUGGUUUAGGGUUUAA